AGUGUAUAAUUCGCUAUUCGCUCAAAUCCAACGACAACGACGUACAAGCGCAAGCCACAAGCAAAAUACAUAACACAAAAGCAUUGAAGCAAACCGAGAGUGUUGAAGUAAAUUGUGUAGACGCUUUCCGCAUUUCGCUUAUAGAUAACUGUGAUUGAUAUUGUGGCUAUGGCAGACAACAAAGUUGUAAAAGAAGAGGAAAAUACGACCGAGAAACCGGCAAACCCCGACGAAGAAGGCCAGGUAACCAAGCAGGACGCACAUAAUGAGGAGGAUUAUGACCCGUACUACCCUCCGAUCGUGGAAUUGCCAGAAGUGCACGUUUACACAAAUGAGGAAAUGGAAGAAGUCAUGAUAAAAUUGCGAGCAAAGCUAUACAGGUACGAUUCAUCUUGUGUGCCACCUGAGUGGAAGGAACGAGGCACCGGUGAAGUCAAGCUGCUGAGAAAUCUGGACAAACCUGUAGUCAGGCUUGUUAUGAGAAGAGACAAAACUUUGAAAGUGUGUGCGAACCAUUUCAUCCGGCCAUGGAUGAAGCUUUCGCCAAACUGCGGGAGUGACAGAGCUUGGGUGUGGAGCGUGAACGUUGACUAUGCAGAUGAGGAGCCAAAACCGGAACUGCUUGCUAUCAAAUUUGCAAACGCUGCAGAUGCCACCAAGUGGUUUGAAAUGUUUGAGAAGGCCAAGGAAGUUGUUAAGGACGAUGAUGAAGGGGAUUCUGGAGGCAGCAGCGAAGACGAGGAAGAAAAAGAAGCCGAGGAAGUGAAAAAGAAAGAUGCGGCAGCCGAAGAAAAGGCUGAAAAUUUAGCCGAGGGCCUCCAGAGUAUGAAAGUCUAAGAACUUGCCUCUACUUUUGCACGCGAUCUCCAAUAUUUUGCAUUUUUAGACGUUUAUUUUAAUCCAAUAAAACAAGCAAUUCCAAAAA